UUGAACCGCUGCUACACUCCACCCUGUGGCACCAAUCUCAGCCCAACAGUCAAGUACACUACAACGUGGUUAGUUCGUAUCAACGACCUUAUUUUGGCUGAUCUACGGGCUCGCCAAAAAAUGUCGGCUUUAGAAGAAAAAGUUGUUGCCGACCAACAAAAAGAAGCCGACUCUUCAAAAGACUCAGAAGAACUAUCCCAGUGUUCUAACUAUGAUACGCCGGGAAAAGUAUCAGAAGCAGACCCUGAAGAAGCUGCUGAGAAUGAGCACUUGUCAGACUAUGAGGAAGGCGUUGCGGAAGCUGAGCCCGAAGUAGAGGGUGAAGUUGAGGAUGAGGCAGAUGUGGAGGAUGAGGGAGAUGGUGAUGGACCAAAUGUACAGCCUCUCGAUUCAUCGGAUGAAGAGAGAGCGCCCGAUGAUGAUGAACAGCAAGAUCUUGACAGUGAUCAAGAAAGUGUCACAGUUGAUGAUGAACGAGAAGAAGGAGAUGGGCAGGAAAGUUCACCUUCAAAAGAGAAAAAGCUGGAUGAUGAUGAGGACAGACGGAACCCUCAGUACAUUCCUAAAAGAGGCACUUUCUAUGAGCAUGAUGACAGAACUGCUGAUGACAUGCAAGAGACCCCAUCCAAAGACCCCAAAAUUGAUAGCCGAGAUGGAAAAGAAACAGGAAAGGACUCCGGUCGCAAGGUGUGGAAAGACAAAGAGGAUCGCUGGGCACAUGAUCGAUUUCAGGAAAUGGAUCAAGCUCCUAAAAGCCGUGAAGAGUUGCUUAGUGUAUACGGCUAUGAUAUUCGCAAUGAAGAAGCCCCACCAAAGGCAAGGAGAAGACGUCGCUAUGGCCGUGGUCCUAACAAAUACACGCGCAGUUGGGAGGAUGAAGAGGCCUACAGUAGACCUUUGAGUGCCUUCAUUGUAGAGAAAGAAGGUGAUGUCAAAAAAGGUCGCAAGCCUAGACUGAUGAAGCGUGGGGGUGGACCUGGUAGUACUUUCAGAAACAACAAUGCCAGUGGUGAUGAGGAAAGUGGCAGCGGUUCGAUGAAACAAGAGUUCCCUGCUCUUUCCAGCUCUCAGGAAAACGGGAUUGGAAAUGGGGAGGAAAGAAGAUCAUCACAACCGUCCUUCAGCAGUAAAGUUUCAGGCUCUGUGCCUGUCGCCAAAACUGUAGCAGGCACUUUCAACGCUAACCCAAAAGAGGUUGUGGCUCCGUUCGGCUCUCAACAGAAGCAACAGCGGUCUUCGCACCAACAGUAUCAGUCUCACCAAAACCAGGCUCAUGCGAGGCAAGACGAUGAUCAGAAGAAGGGUUGGCGACGAGAGGCAAACAAUGAUGGGGAGGGCCCUGUGAUCGAGCGGGGCGGUUCUCGUGGAAGGGGACGAGGUGGACAAGCCAGGAAUCGGCGCGAGGAGGACAGGGACCGAGAGGGUGGCAGGUGGUCUGAGCAGCAGGCGAACGGGCAAGGCCUAGGACGAGGCCGCGGAGGCAUCGGACGCGGUUUCAGGAGAGGAGGCGGGGCUUCCCAGGCCCCCAGGCAGCCCAGGGACCAGCCCAGGGAGCACGACGAGGGCAACGACAGCGAUGGCGGCCGGCACGGCUACCCCGAGGACGUGAGCGUCAGUAGGGACAUGGCCAACCUGAGCAUAUCUGCUUCCCACCCACAGCCCUCGCCUGGCGGGGACUACCAACGCCGUCCAAGCAAUGGUAAUGCGAGUGCCAGCAAUGGUGUCGGUGAAAGGCGUCAAAGCAUGCCUCCUAGAAUGCAAGAGAAUGCUGGCAGCCGGCCUAAGCGGUACUCCUCCAUGAGGAACCGCAAUGUCCCCGAGACAAGCCCAGCGCCACCACCUCCUGUUUCUGCCAGCUAUACCCCUCCAGCACCUCACUCUUACUAUCAACCAGGCUAUGGUCCUGCCACUGUUGCCGGAGUUCCCCCGGGUGUGCCACCAGGCGUCCCGCCGGGAGUGGCCUCCAUGUACCAGGAGACGCCCAGCAUGCCUGCCGCGUCGCCCGGCCACCAAGCGAGCCACCCAGCGAGCCACCAGGCCAGCGUGCAGGGCGUGCAGGGCCCCCCCGUGGCGGUGGCCGCCAUGCCCGUGGCCUCCAUGCCCACCACCCUGCCCAGCGCCAUCCCCAGCACCAUCCAGUGCUUCCCGCAGGGUGGCUUCAUCGCGCCUCCCCCGGGCCCGCCCGCGCGCCUGCUGCCCCCCGGCAGCUUCAUCCCCCCAGUGGCGGGCCAUGCGGGCCAUCCCCCCGCCCCCCCGUUCGUGGCGGCCACCACACCGCAAGUGCAGGCGCACGUGCAGGUCCAGGGGCAUGUCCAGGGGCACGUCCAGGGCCACGUGCAGGGCCACGUGCAAGGGCAGUACCCGCAGCUGGCGUUCCAGCCGUACCAGCCCAUAGCCAUGGUGAGUGGGCCAGUAAGUCAACCUCAGCCAGCUGAGCUGUAUCAGCCUCAAGGAGGUAUAACAUACUAUUCAACCCAAAAUCAGAAUAUUCCCCGGGCUGUGCCCCAGCCACGAGUCAAAUCAGCUAUACCUAUUUUGCCUCCCCCUGAGCGGUCAUCAAAUGCUGGGUACAUCGACGGUGAGCAUGGAGAGAUGCACGAGAUGGUGCAUGAAGACAUGUCACAUUCUACGACACCGCCUGGUGAAAUGGUAGUAGUUCAAACUGAAACAAGUGCAGCCCCGUCUUAAGAACUUUGAUAUACUUUGUAAAAUGCAAGAAUUGUUUUGUUUUAGAAUUCGUUAUUUAAUGUACAUCCUGGCAUCACACUUUAAUCAAUUUAUGAAAAAAAAAUCAAGUUUUUUUUUUUGUUGCAUGAUGCCACGUCUAAAAGAGAUCAUUCAUUAAGGCUGCCCAAAUUAUUGUGAUGCUGCUUGCAAUUUUUUUUUCUCCUGUGUGUUGCAUGAUUGUAAUAAUCAUAUUAUUUUGUGGUAUUUUUCUCUAUAUUCUGUACCAAUAGUACAGAGACAGUCAUCACUUAUGCUACUGAAAAUAAAAGUUUGAGUAGUUAGCUUCAAAAGCUUACCUGAACUAUGUGUUACUGUCAACUAACAAGUUACAUGUUCCCUUCCCAAGUUCGGGUCAGCGUUAAAGCCUGCCGAGAUUACAUGUAAUGGUAAUUAAUUUUAAUUUUUCUGUUAAUAAAUACAUACAAGUGCCUUGUAACUGCAAGAUUAUGUCUUCAUCGGAUAAUAUAUCAUGUUAAUGUGGUUGAACAUUUUAUAUUGAAUAUUAUGGCGUUGCUAUAUUAUGAAAUUGGUUUGAUUGAGAACAGGGCAUAGUUCUGGAUGUGGAGGCAAGCAAGGGUUUUGUUAGUCUUGCUAACAGUGUUUCUUUUUCCUUUUUUUUUCCUUUAAGUUUCACCUGUUAAUUGAGGGAUGUAGUCAUUGACCUUUCAUCAUGUGCUCAGUUACAAUAGUUAUAUGUUAAAAGUUAUGUAAUGUUAGAUGGUUAACAUAAUUUUCUUUAGCCUCUUGCAAUAAUAAUGGUACAACUAUAGGAGGAUUUUUAAAUUAAAUUUUGGUUUAUUUCAAUUGGGUGACUCUGAGGUGGUGAUACUUUGAUAUUGGUUGAAGUCUUUAUAUUUUUACAUGUGGAUUGGUGUAUGUUUGGCAUAUCAACUAACUCUUCAUAUUGGAUUAUUCACUGACAGUACUACUUCAGUCUUACUGUUCCUGGCUCUUGGUCAGAAUCUCCUUCUUAUAUUGAACAAUUACUAUGUACUUUGAAGUACGUAUGAAUGCUUGUUAGCCUUAAAACUGUUUAGAGUGACUUCAGUCUAACGAACUGUUUACAAUUCUGACCAUUUUGUGGGUAAAUAUUCACCAUAAAUUAUUAGUAACGCAUGUUUUGUAUUUAAAACAUGGUGUUACCGAGCGUUUGUACUGUCAAUUUAGAAAAUGUGUUGAUAGCACUUUUGUGGGCAAGUAGUGAAAUUCAUCACUGCCAUGAAAAUUAGAGAGAAUAGUCUGUACUUCACUUUAGCAGACAAAGUUUGUGAAGCUAAAUUGAUAGAGUAGUUUUAUUGUUUGAUGUUGGAAAGCCUCUAGGUACAUGUUAAGCUGGUUUUCUUUGUGUUUUUAGGCAUCACAAACUGAUCCUUGUCUGUACACUCAAUUGUACCACAAUGACAAAAAAAAAAACAGGAUUCCAGUUUUAGAACUUCCAAAAGUACUCAAUGUAAUUUCUUUCCUGCAAUACUUUGAUGUAGGAUUUUAUUAUAAAUUUCUAAACAGUCGAGACGGCGGCUAGGGACCAUGACUUUUACUUUCCUCUGUUUGAAAACAAGUAUUUCAAGACUUGAUUAUCUGGGAUGUUUAGAGCGCAGGAUUUUCAUGACAAGAGAAAUUAAGUGAAGGGUGAAGGUGUAUGAAAGUUCUGAAUGGUUUCCUGUUUGUAACUAGUGAAAAGCCGAGAGCAUGAUAUGUAGACUCCUUUUUUCUAAGUUUAAAUUAACCUUGAACUGCCAAAUUGAUAGAGCUGAAACCAUUCGACCAUUGAUUCUUUCUGAAGGUUAGUUGAUAUCAUAAUUUUCUUCCUUAUGAAAGCACUCUAGAUACUGUCUUGUACAAACUUGCUUAGAAGCACUUUUCUUUUAAUUAUUUAUCCUGCCUUUGAAUUAUGGCCUUGUCCAAAUAUCUAGCUGCAAUUUUUCUCUAUCUUUGGGCCAUUUUCAAUCAAUUAAAGUUUACUUUGUGAGAAUUUAUCUCUCUGUCAAUUUCCAAAUAGUGUCUUAUAUAAUACUCCACACUUGGAAAAUAAAGCACCUGUAGAUUGCUCACCUUCUCA